CUUACACUCAGAUGAACAUUCUGAACUUGGAGAGAAAGGUAACUGAGUGAAGAACACAGAAGGAGAAGACAAACACAUACAAAAAAACCACAUACACAUUUGCAAGUUAAACGACAAGGCAUCAUGUUGUUCCUCCUUGCUGGAAUUUUUCUCCUGCACAUCUCGACAGUCAUCCUCCUGCUCGCUGCCACCAUCGAGAAUGCCUGGUGGACUACAGGCUCUCUGUCCACUGAUAUUUGGGCUAGUUGGCUUUGGAACGGUCAUCAGUGGAACUAUACGGCACUUCCAAGCAACUAUCCUGAAGAUUACCUCCAGGCAGUGCAGGCGUCCUCUGUAUUAGCGUGUGUGUUUUCAGGUCUUGGUUUAUUCGUGUUCCUCGCUCAGCUCUUCACACUGCCCAAAGGAAAACGCUUCAUCUUGUCUGGAGUGUUCCAGUUGCUGGCUUGUCUGUGUAUUAUGAUUGCUGCCUCGAUCUACACUGAUAUUUUCCACAAGAAGGAAACCGGAUGGUAUGGUCCGAGUUUCAUCAUCGCCUGGCUCUCCUUCACUCUCACCUUCAUCUCCUGUGUCAUCUACUUCGUCCUGCGCAAGAAAACAACCUGAAGAUGCUCAUACACUUCGACACACUCUCUUUCUCACACUCACUCACUCACUCACUCACUCAGAUUAAUCAGGUUUGCGUCACUAUAUUGUCGAAGGAGAGGAUUAUGUUUUUAUGCAUAAGAAUAAUUUGCAUGCAUUAAUCAUGUGCAUAAUUAAUCCAUAAAAAGGAAAAUGGUGCAGAAGGGUUGGGGGGGGGGGGAGGGAAUGUGUGUGUGUGUGUGUGUGUGUGUGUAAUAAGCUGAAUUAUUAAUGGAUAAGUUCCUUAAAGUAAAUUAAAAUGGAAGCUGUCACAUUUGUGGGGGAAAUUCUUAGAUUAAAAAAAAAAACUUUAUCCAUACUGUAAUGUACCAGUUUUAUAAUAUUCAAAAUAUUUUUUUUUUUAUUUUCUGGGUGAAUAUGAGCACGUUCUAAUGAAUUACAGAUAACUGGAAUGAAAUGUAGUUGUGUAUUAGUUGCAAUUUUCAUACAAAUAAUCCACUUUUACAUACCAUUUAUUUGCAUAAAAGCUGUCAACGUGUAAAUAUGGUGUUGUUUUUAUUGAUUAUUUCUUGUGUGCUUCCAUUUUGUUUGCAUGCAUUCACUCCAUGGCUCUGAGUAACACGUGGCUCUGAAAAGUCCGCGGAGUAACACGAAGCUAAACAACAAACGCAUGCCCUGAAACUGCGACGACUUUUACUGACCUGCAGAUAACACAGAAUAUUAAUUUCACAUCGUGCCUGUUCAUUUUCCCAAUUCAUAUGCACAAUUACAAAUUUCCUCUCAUAAAAAUGCGCAUUUACAUUUCUAGUCACAUGUUUUAUAUUCUCAUGCUUACUCGAAAUAAAAUAAUUUUCUCGGAUUCUAUGUCUAAAGGUCGCUGGAGUUAAAUUGUGUGUAAACAAUUGUGAAAAAGCACACUAAGAAUGAUUAGUCUUUCAUUUUAUUUUUGUUAUAUGUUUUUUUAUGCAGUGUGUAUUAAAAGUUUGAUCACAAAGA